AAUUUUAAUUUUUGGCUGAGAAAAAUCUUUGUUAUGUGGUUUUUUCUGUUUUUCUCUGAAAUUUAUUUUGAACAGAAAAAAAUUUAACAAUUCCUUGAAAUAAACACAUCUGCUUGCCGUAUAUCGAUAGGAAAAGACAAAUAUUGGACAUGGGCAGAACUAAGAGUGAGCUAAAUAACCAAAUUCGAAGCCUGUUUGAAUACAGCAUGGAGGAAAACGUCUCGCUGUGCAAGAUUUGCAAGACCAAGCUCGCAGGCCAACAUUCUACAAACUUAAGACGCCAUAUAGAAACCAAGCAUAAAAGCUUUUUGAAUCACUUAACGCCAACUGUAGAGAAAAAUGAACCGCCAAAGAAGAAAAUUAGAAUUUCAUAUGAAAUAGAUGCAGAAUCAUUCGAAAGUUCCUUGGUGAAAAUAAUAACAAAAGAUGGGCAGCCAUUAUCACAAUUAGAUAGUGAAGGAUUCCGAGAGAUAGUGAAUCCUAUAUUUAAGGCGCUUAAUAUGAAUUCAAUCAACUCCCAUAACGUAAUGGAAUUGGUCAAUAAACGUGUGGUAGAAAUGAAAAAAUUUAUAAAAAAAGUCGUCGAGAAAAAAUUAGUAUCAAUUAAAAUAGAUACCGCUACUCGUUUCGAUAGAUCAAUUCUGGGUAUCAAUCUGCAAUACUUAGAAUUUAAAAAUUCAACAUUAGAAAUAGUUGUUAAAACUCUUGGGAUGAAGACAUCUCCAUAUCCAUACACUGGAGAGCAAAUUCAAGAUACUGUUUUGGAUACCCUUGCAGAAUAUGAUAUUCGGCUGGAACAAAUUUAUUGUGUGACAUCUGAUAAUGGACGAAAUAUGUUGAAAGCAGUAGAAAUUGUGAAUCAAGAUUUUUAUGAAAUAUUUGAUUGCAUAGAUGAGCUGCCAGAAAUACUCUUUACAAGCUCUCUUCAUUCCAUGCGGUGUGCAGUCUAUUCACUUCAACUAUGUGUAACCGAUAUUCACAAAGAUAAGGGCAUUCAAAACAAUAUAGAAGACAUUCGCAAAGUUUGUGAACUUUUACGUAAUGAGAAAUAUAGAAAUAUGUUGACUGAAUGCAAUAGAGCUGUCCCACCAAUUGACAUUGCAAUAAGGUGGAAUUCUACUUAUGUUAUGGUAAAACAACUAUUAGAACUAAGGGAUUUUGUAGAAGAAGAAAAAAUUAUAGUUAAUUGGGACUGGAUCCAAGAAUACGUAUCAGCUUUGGAACCAAUUUGGGCUGCAACAAUGAAGCUCCAAGUGGAACAACUUCCUCUGUGUGAUCUUUUUAAAAUAUGGAUGGAGCUUAAACUAAAUUUUAGAGAAAGUCGUAACGGUGGCAUCAAGCAAAUUAUCUAUAAUUCUCUGUUAAAUCGAGAAAGUUUGUUGCUUAGCAAUGUCACAUUGCUAAGCGCCGUUUAUUUGGACCCUCGGCUAAACGUAUUGUUAACGGAAUCGCAAAAAUCUUCGGCAAAGGCUAAUUUAAAAUCAACAGCUAGACAAAUUUUCAACCUCAAACAGAGUAAACCCAUGCCCACAACUCAAGUGUUUACUGAAGAAGUAAGCCAGCAUUGUUCGUUUAUUAAGAGAGAGCCCUCCAGCGAUCACGAAAGCUCAUUACUCAGUGCUUAUUUGGAUCAAAUAGCACAAGAAACAGCGGCAACAGCAACUGAAGAUGACGUGUCAGAUCUGACUAAAGUUUUUGUGGAAAUAGACAAUUUUGAAAAUCUUCACAGGCGCUUACCGUUGAAUGAAGACAUAUUUUCUUUUUAUCAAAACAUCCGUUUCAUAUCUCCCGAACUUUUUGAGUUAGCUCUUGUUGUACUUGGUGCACCUGCAACGCAAGCAUCUGUCGAAAGAGCAUUUUCUUCUUUAAAUUUCGUUUUAAGUGAAAGUAGGAAUAAUUUAAAUAAUAAAACUGUUGAAGACUUACUACUUGUAAGGCUAAAUACGUAAUGAUUUAAAAAAUACAACUUAAUGAAAAUCUUCCCAAGAAAUGUUUUUUUUUUUAUAUUGUUCCAUGGUGAAACUAUAAAUAGCUGAAGUAAUA